AUGGGCGACACCGGUGGCACUGAGGCGCCCAAAAAGAAACGGUCGAGGGCGAGCAGGUCUCCUGACGACAACAGCGGCGAUGAGGGCAAGAAACGAGGACGGCCCCGUGUCGAGAAGCUCGACCAGUCGAUUGCAGAUGUACGUUCACUCUUGCCUCCGGCUGUGUCUACUACGCAACGAGACGCCUACUAUGGCGCCGGUUGACCCGCACACUGAUGAGUGAACAUCACUGACCUUCUCGACAGCGACGACGGACCCAGAUCCGUAUGGCCCAGAGAGCCUAUCGGCAGCGCAAGGAGAGCACGCUAGAGGACCUCCGUAAACGCGUGUCUGACCUAACGAACACCAUUGAGUUGAUGAACAAGGCCUUCCUGGACUGCCGCGAUCGCCUUGCCACUUCCGGUCUGGCAGACUCUCAAACGCAGGACAUGCAUGAGACUCUGGAGCAAUACCAGAAUCUGAUGAGAUGUGUUCGCAAUCCGGGCGAAGACAUGGACCAUGGCAUUGCACCAGACCUCUCUCAGCCAUCUUCAAGCUCAGCAAUGGCGGGCAAAGAUGCUGUGAGAGCCUCUGCUAUGGAGCCCAAGAACGUGGCAAGCUGGAUGGACCAGACAGCAGUGGACAGUCAGGCCAAAACAAGGAUUUCUGGGGCCCAAUGCCUCGGCUACACUAUGUAUGAACCCCAGGGAACGAAAGACAUCAAUCAUGCAAUGGUCAUGCUCAACAAGUCUGAUCCACAGGCGGUAACGUCUGCCUCUCCGCAUCAUGGUACAUCUAAUGGACCGGCGCUCUCACUUGGUGGCUUCAGCCUCGGUCCACCGGACUCGUUUGGCGUACCAGCUACCGUUACACCACCAACGACAUACAGCUUCAAUGAGUCUACCUUCGCCAAACGACUUCAUCGAGCAUGCUUGGAACACGCGUAUCAGUUGCUACUGGAUCCGCAACGACGGCCUGCCACAUACGGCCGCGUUUUCAAACUCUCGCUCAUGGUCAAGGAUCGUAAUAAACUCAUUCUGGGUAUCAAGGCGCUGCUUUCAAGACCAGCUCACGAAGAUCUCGAUGCCAAUGCGACGCCCAUACACGUAGGAGGAGCUGGCACACACUAUCCCAGAAGAGAUGCGAACGGCACUUUCAGACCAAAGAAAGACUCCUGGAAUCUCGGACUGGUUGGUCCAAAGACACUAGCCCUGUUGGAAAGCGCUGCUGGGGACAACUUGACCGCGGACAUGGCUGUUGAGGUAGCAGGAUUUGAAGGUAUGGAAGUCCAGGGCAGGACCUGCCUGCAAUCUUGAGACUAUCUGCUAAACUGAGGCUAGGUGAAUGGUUCGAUCCGUACGACGUCGAAGGCUACUUGAUGGAGAAAGGAAUCCAUAUCAAUCCGGCAUGUUCUUUUGCCCAGGCGGAGGUCGUGAUCAAGCCCUCCCAAUCCAGCGUUGCCUCGUCCGAGUCAACCAUCACAGGAGAGGCACCCAAGACGCCGCUUGACAUGACCUCAUCUUCGGACGUACCCAAGCCAUUCGACGCCGAGCAGCUGGAGUUCCUGAACCGAGGCAAUGUGUCUCCUCAUAAGGUGGACGACUGGACCGCCAUGAACCUCUCUAAUGUGGGAUACUCUGACGCCAGCACCGGAUCCUGGAUGAACUUCUUGCAACCUAGCGAGGCUUCGAAGCAGCAGCAACAGACUGCAAACUUGGAAGCAAUGUCAUGGCAAGGAUCUGCAGAGUUCUUAGGAGGCGACGUUCCGGGUAUUGGCCUCGGCACGCUGCCGCAGAAGCCCGUUGGUCCCAAGGCGCAACGACAACAACAACAACAACCGAAUAAGAAGGUCAUCCUCCUUGAUGUUAAUAAGUUUAUUAAAGGUCAGUUUGGUACCCAUGGUGUGUAUGUUGACCAGCUAAGCUGACUCGUUUGUAUAGUGUUGACUAUUUCUGCUGUCUGCAUCGGUCGAGGUCCUGGAUUCAAACGAAGGGAUGUAGAUCGUGCUCUGGCUCUGGCUUCGUUUGAUGCGUUCUGA